UCAUAUUACUUUCUAACAUCUUCUCAUUCACAAAAUGACUAAAUUUGUGAUUUUGUUCUUUACCAUUUUCUUAAUUUUCAAUAACAUUAUCGUCAGUUCGACUCCAAUAAUAAAAAGACAUGGACCAUUCCUUUCUUGUGAGGGAAUUUAUCCCAAUAAAAUUGAUAAUUUUUUAGUUAGUCCAGACAAAUUAGCUAAUGGACAACAAGUAUUCGUAAAGUUUACAGGAUUUCGUACCGUACCAAUUAAUAUCGGAGCUACUUGCGAAAUUGUGAUUCAAAGAGAUGACGGACUUUCCGUACUUCAAUCUAAUGUAGAUUUAUGUGGUAAUUCCGUUGGAAUAAAUUGUCCUUUAGGACCAGGAGACAGUCAGAUCAAUAUGUCAUUUCCUAUGCCUCUUAACGGUCCAACAACCGCAACCCCUGCAACAACUACUAAUCAAACGGCUACUACGAUUCAUAAAUAUUCGAUGGCUUUUUCAAUUAAAAAUGCGGACCAGAGUUACCUUUCUUGUGUACUUGGUUUUGUUGAUAUGGCCUAAAUUUAUUUUAUUAUUAGUAAUUUUUUUUGCGUAAUU